UGCUGUCCCAGCAGGAGGAGGCGCUGCAGUACCUGCUGUACCCGCUGUCGUGUGGGACGCUGCCCCUGCCGCGGCUCUCUGUUGUGGUUGAGAACAAACCUGCCGCCGGCCGACAACAGACGCCCGUUGCCGUCGCCUUCAGUAAAUCCCUGCCAUCGCAUCUCCUUGUUAAGCCACUCUGACCGCGUGAUGCUCACAACGUUGACUGCGGAUGAGGUUCAUCCCGUCGCUGGAUGCCAGACUGCAGAUGAGGUUCAUCCCGUCACUGGAUGCCAGACUGCAGAUGAGGUUCAUCCCGUCGCUAGAUGCCAGACUGCAGAUGAGGUUCAUCCCGUCGCUGGAUGCCAGACUGCAGAUGAGGUUCAUCCCGUCGCUGGAUGCCAGACUGCAGAUGAGGUUCAUCCCGUCGCUAGAUGCCAGACUGCGGAUGAGGUUCAUCCCGUCACUGGAUGCCAGACUGCGGAUGAGGUUCUUCCCGUCGCUGGAUGCCAGACUGCGGAUGAGGUUCAUCCCGUCGCUGGAUGCCAGACUGCGGAUGAGGUUCAUCCCGUCGCUGGAUGCCAGACUGCGGAUGAGGUUCAUCCCGUCGCUGGAUGCCAGACUGCGGAUGAGGUUCAUCCCGUCGCUGGAUGCCAGACUGCGGAUGAGGUUCAUCCCGUCGCUGGAUGCCAGACUGCGGAUGAGGUUCAUCCCGUCGCUGGAUGCCAGACUGCGGAUGAGGUUCAUCCCGUCGCUGGAUGCCAGACUGCGGAUGAGGUUCAUCCCGUCGCUGGAUGCCAGACUGCGGAUGAGGUUCAUCCCGUCGCUGGAUGCCAGACUGCGGAUGAGGUUCAUCCCGUCGCUGGAUGCCAGACUGCGGAUGAGGUUCAUCCCGUCGCUGGAUGCCAGACUGCGGAUGAGGUUCAUCCCGUCGCUGGAUGCCAGACUGCGGAUGAGGUUCAUCCCGUCGCUGGAUGCCAGACUGCGGAUGAGGUUCAUCCCGUCGCUGGAUGCCAGACUGCGGAUGAGGUUCAUCCCGUCGCUGGAUGCCAGACUGCGGAUGAGGUUCAUCCCGUCGCUGGAUGCCAGACUGCGGAUGAGGUUCAUCCCGUCGCUGGAUGCCAGACUGCNUACAAAAAAAUGCUCCAUCCAUUUUAUGUGUCCGAAAAAAGUUUUUAUCUUGGCUGCCAGA